AGAUAGUAUUGCUGGUGUCUCGAUAGAAUUUUCGGGAAAUUAUCGCGAACAUGAACCAGAAUAUGCUGUUAAAAGUUAUCAAAAUACCUUCUCAUGCACCAAUGUUAAUAAGUUUUUACUAAACGGUAAAAAUUUUCGAUUUUUGAAUUUUGAUUGUUUAAAAUCGAAGUCAAUCAAAUAUAAUCAAUAA